AUAAUCCACCUGUCUUGUAACAAAACAGCGCGUGGUGUCUCAAACAAACCCGAAGCGUGGAACACCGAGAAUCGCCUCCAUCUCUCUCGAAGUUCAAGCAGCGCGUGGUUCAGAUUACUCCUUCCUCGCGCGUCUUCGAAUCAUUUACAGUCUCAGUAGUUAUAGUACAAUGCAUCGCGUAGAAAUGACUCGACGAAUCCGAUAAAAGCUCGCAGUUUCUUUCUCUCUGUUUUUUCUUUUUUUCCAUUUUUAAGCUUCACAGAGAGAAAAUAAAUUGAGAAGGAAUUUCACUCCCGCCCAUAAGUCCCUCCGUCCCUUUGUCUCGAUCUCUUCGCCUUAGCUUUCGAUUCGAUUUCUUGUCAAAAAUCAAACUACCAAACCCUAAUUUCCUUAUCUUUCUAUAUUUCUCCUUGAAUUUUUCUCCUCUUAUAUUUUUUGUGUCGAAAUCUCUCUUCAGUUCUUAGAAUCAGAUACAAUUUUCUCGCCUCAACUUAUUCUCUCUAUUCGAUCUAGAUUUGCUCGAAUUUUGUGAAUUGGAACACAGGUUUAGCUUGAUAUGGCAAAGGGUAGCAGGGGACGACAUAGGUGCAGGCCAACACCAUACCCACAGCCAUCUUGUAAUCAGGAUGUCUUGGAGGAUUUGUACCUUAAGAAGUCCUCCAAAGUGUUGGAUAAGAAAGACUGGGAAGAUGUAACAUGUUCUGUGUGCAUGGAGUGCCCACAUAAUGCUGUUCUUCUGCUCUGUUCCUCCCAUGACAAGGGUUGUCGUCCCUAUAUGUGUGCAACUAGCUUUCGAUAUUCCAAUUGCCUUGACCAGUACAAAAAGGCUUACACUAAAGUGACCCCCUCCAGUGGUACUGCUGAUAAUCCAAUUCUGCUAUCAGACUCUGGUUUGCCUGUUGACAAGUGUGAAGUCACAGAACUUGCUUGCCCCCUUUGCAGGGGCCAGGUGAAAGGAUGCACUGUGGUGGAACCUGCUCGAGAAUAUCUUAAUGCCAAAAAGAGAAGCUGCAUGCAGGAAGACUGCUCAUUUGUUGGAACUUACAAGGAGCUAAGGAAGCACAUGCGGACAGCUCAUCCCUCUGCAAGGCCACGUGAAGUUGAUCCAAUUCUUGAGCAGAAAUGGAGAAGGCUUGAGAGGGAGCGUGAACAUGACGAUGUACUUAGUACAAUAAGGUCAACGAUGCCUGGGGCAAUGGUUUUUGGUGAUUACGUCAUAGAGGGAAAUAAUUACGGUUUUGAUACAGAUGAAGAAAAUGGGAAUUUUGAUGCAGAUGCAGCAGAGAGGAAUGGAGGUUUUGAGGUGGGUUUUGAUCGAAAUUUGGUGAAUGUCUUCCUUCUGUUGCAUGCAUUUGGGCCAUCGGGAGAGGGUCUUAGUAGACGACUGAGGCAGUCUGACAGGCUCAACCACCGAGCCAUGGAUGAGAGUGCUGAUGGUGUCCAGCAUGCCUUCCUCACUGGUGGUUCAAAUUCCUCAGAUGAUAAUGACACUGAUAACGACAAUGGUGAUGGUGGAUUGUCACUUGUAAGUCGCCUUCGACGCCAUGGCAGAGUGCUUUUGGGACGUUCGGGUAGGAGGCGCAGGCAUAGAGAGGCAGGUGGAGGUCAGAGAUGAUUUGAAAUGGGUACUUGAAGAUAAGCAGCUUUCAGUAGGUACAUAGUUUUAGGAAGGGCAAAUUUCUGGGAUAAGAAAAAGAAACACAAAGGAAUUGACUUGAAAAUUUCAUGUAUUUAAUUAAUAUUGCAUGGUUUCUGCGAUAUAUUGGCUGGGAGAUAUGCAAAAAAUGGCUGACCUUUUCAUUGCCUGUUAUAUAAUCAUAUUAGAUGUAGUCUCUCAAUUGCCUUCUAUCCUCCUGUAUGGUUCGCAAUGAACAUUCAUCUGUUUCAAAAUAACCUGUAAACAUGUAUGUAAACAUGUAUUUAAUCAUCCUGAUUAAAUUGCAUUUUUUUUUCAUAUU